CCGGAAGGAGAGAAAAAGGCCGAUGUCGGCGGCAAGAAAGACGACGGACCCAUUACUGUGGUCUUCAAGCUCGACUUGCAUUGCGAUGGCUGUGCCAAGAAAGUCAAGCGAUCUGUUCGUCAUUUCGAUGGUGUGGAUGAAGUGAAGGCCGACAGUGACAAAAACACACUAACGGUGAUCGGAAAGGUGGACCCAGCAAGCGUUAAGGAGAGACUCGAACGCAAGACCAAAAAGAAGGUGGAACUCGUGUCUCCCCAGCCCAAGAAAGACGGCGGCGGUGGCGGAGAUAAAAAGUCCGACCAGAAAACAGAGAAGAAAUCAGAUGAUAAGAAGGCCGAUGACAAAAAACCCAAAGAGCCUCCGGUGAGUACGGUGGUGUUGAAGAUUCAGCUACACUGUGACGGAUGCACACAUAAGAUUAAGCGAAUCAUAUCAAAAGUUGAUGGGGUGGAUUCGGUGACUGUAGAUCCGGCGAAGGAUUUGGUGACGGUGAAGGGGACAAUGGACGUGAAAGAUCUCACACCUUACUUGAAAGAAAAAUUAAAGCGAAGUAUAGAAGUUGUUCCACCAAAGAAAGAAGGUGGUGGUGAGAAGAAAGGUGGUGGUGGUGACAAGAAAGAAGGCGCCGGUGGUGGCGGGGACAAGAAAGAGAAAGAGGGUGGUGGUGGCGGUGAGAAGAAGGAAGAUGGUGAAGGAAGCAAAGGGGGUGGGGGGCCCAAAGUUGAGGUGAACAAAAUGGAAUACCAUGGAUACAAUCCUUACAACACUUAUUAUAGUGUUCCAAUGUAUAAUCAGAGCUAUACGGAUUAUGGUGUAACCAUGCAUGAUCAAGGUCCUAGUAAUAGUCAUGGUUACAUGGUGGAGUAUUCACAUGCGCCGCCACCAGCGCCACCACCUCCGGAAUACUACUACCAUGCACCUCAAAUGUUCAGUGAUGAGAAUCCAAAUGCUUGUUCUGUCAUGUGAAAAAAAAUCAUUGGGGGAGAGAGUUCAUCAUUGUAAAUAAAGCAAUAUAGCCAGGCAAAAAUGCCAAGUACAUAAGAGUUCCUUUAGAUUAGGACAGAUAAUUUCGUAUUAGGUAAUAGAAACGGUUGAAUGGCUGGCCGGCUUGGCGGCAAUUUUAACCAGUUUCGUUUGUUACAUAGGUUAGUUGGUUAUUAAUUUGUUUGACUUGUUUGUUGCUACUUAAUUAUAAAUUCAAUUUUGUUGUUAUGUAUGUGUAAG